UGGCAUUUGGACCUAAAAGUUCUAAAUGGCUAAAUCACUUAAAAUCAACUCUAGCCCAAAACAAAAGGCUAAAAAUAUUAUUAGCCCAUCAAUUAAGUACCAUAAAGCCCACAAUACAAAGCCCAUAAAAAUCAGCCACUCACAUUUUCCGUUUUAACCUAAACCCACUAACCAAUUCUGGCGGGAACUACACUCAUUUCCCGCCAACUCAAUCCCCCAAAACAACACUCAUUCACUCACUUUCCCCAAUUUCUCCCAAAAAAAACCCCAAAACCUCAUUUUCUCUCUCCUAAACCCUCAUCAAUGGCGUCCGAUUCUUCUCCUGGCAACAUCAAUGGAGGUCCUUCUUCCCCAGAUGAUUUCGCAUCUAGUCCAAUCGGAAACACUUUCUCUUCUCCCGGCGACGGAGGCGGAAGCGGCGGAGGUCGGCAAACUCGCCGGAGCCAAAGACCCACUUCGUCGAACACCUCAACUCCACUUCGGUCAAGGCUAAACCCUUCAAAUGAGGCUAGAACCCCUUCUUCUACUGGGUCCCGCCGAAGAGGCGGACCGCGGCGAGACCCAACUCCUUCGACACCCGUUGCCCCCACCCCGACAUCUUCCGAAGCUGGGGAGGGGUUUGAUGGUGAUGAUGCUCCUCCAAUGUAUGUUUGGGGGACUAAUAUUAGUGUUCAGGAUGUUAAUGGUGCAAUUCUUAGGUUUUUGAGGAAUUUUAGGGAUGAAUCUAUUGAUUUUGAGAGUGGUGAGUUGGAAGGGAAGUAUAUGAGAUCGAUUCGACGAGUGAUUGAGAUUGAAGGUGAUUGGCUUGAUGUUGAUGCACACCAUGUGUUUGAUUAUGAUCCUGAUUUGUAUAAUAAAAUGGUGAGGUAUCCUCUUGAAGUUUUGGCGAUUUUCGAUAUCGUUUUGAUGGAUAUUGUUGCCAAGAUUAAGCCCCUUUUUGAGAAGCAUGUUCAAGCUAGGAUCUUUAAUCUUAAAGUUUCUAGUUGUAUGAGGAAUUUGAAUCCUUCUGAUAUUGAGAAGAUGGUAUCUUUGAAGGGAAUGGUUAUUAGAUGCAGUUCAGUUAUACCCAAUAUUCGAGAAGCGGUUUUCAGGUGUCUUGUGUGUGGUUAUUUCACUGACUCCCUUGUUGUAGACCGAGGAAGAGUUAGUGAGCCUCCAGCCUGUUUUAGGGAAGAAUGCAAGGCAAAGAAUUCUAUGUCACUUGUUCACAAUAGAUGCAGGUUUGCUGAUAAGCAGAUUGUGCGGCUCCAAGAGACACCAGAUGAGAUUCCUGACGGAGGGACACCUCACACAGUGAGCUUGUUGUUGCACGAUAAAUUGGUGGAUUCAGCAAAGCCAGGUGACCGGGUUGAGGUCACUGGAAUUUAUAGGGCAAUGAGUGUCAGAGUUGGACCUACACAAAGAAAUGUGAAGUCAUUGUUCAAGACUUAUAUUGAUUGUCUCCACAUAAAGAAAACCGAUAAGUCAAGGAUGCAGAAUGAAGACCCCAUGGAGAUAGAUAUGGGCUCAAGCAAUAACGAAGAAGAUAUGAAUGUCGACUAUCAAAAGAAGGUGGAGAAAUUGAAGGAGCUGUCAAAGCUGCCUGACAUAUAUGAUCGGCUAACAAGGUCAUUGGCACCAAAUAUUUGGGAGCUUGAUGAUGUCAAAAAAGGCCUUCUUUGUCAGCUGUUUGGUGGUAGUCACUUGAAGCUGGCGGCUGGAGCUAAUUUUCGUGGUGACAUCAACAUUCUUCUUGUUGGUGAUCCUGGAACAAGCAAGUCACAACUGCUUCAGUAUAUCCAUAAGCUAUCUCCUCGCGGGAUAUAUACAAGUGGUAGAGGAAGUUCAGCUGUUGGAUUGACUGCUUAUGUUGCCAAAGAUCCUGAAACAGGGGAAACCGUUUUGGAGAGUGGAGCCCUUGUUCUAAGUGAUAGAGGCAUAUGUUGCAUUGAUGAAUUUGACAAAAUGUCUGACAGUGCACGAAGCAUGUUACACGAGGUGAUGGAACAACAAACAGUUUCAAUUGCGAAGGCUGGAAUCAUUGCUUCCCUUAAUGCUAGAACCUCGGUAUUGGCUUGUGCAAAUCCCAGUGGUUCGCGUUACAAUCCUCGUUUGUCUGUUAUUGACAACAUACACCUUCCCCCUACAUUAUUGUCAAGGUUUGAUUUGAUUUAUUUGAUACUUGACAAAGCUGAUGAACAGACAGACAGGCGUCUGGCAAAGCAUAUAGUUGCUCUUCACUUUGAAGACCCAGAGAGUAUACAGCAGGAUUUUCUAGACCUUCAGACAUUAACUACUUAUGUGAGUUAUGCAAGAAAAAAUAUUCAUCCGCGGCUUUCUGAUGAAGCUUCUGAAGAAUUAAUCCGUGGAUAUGUUGAGAUGAGAAGGAAAGGAAACUUUCCGGGUAGUAGUAAGAAGGUUAUAACUGCAACCCCUAGGCAACUUGAGAGUUUAAUACGACUUGGUGAAGCAUUGGCUCGGAUGCGUUUUUCUGAAUGGGUUGAGAAGCAAGAUGUGACUGAAGCUAUUCGGCUACUAGAAGUUGCAAUGCAACAAUCAGCAACUGAUCAUUCUACAGGAACCAUAGAUAUGGAUCUAAUUACAACUGGGAUAUCAGCAAGUGAAAGGAUAAGACGUGAACAAGUGCUGUCUGCAACCCGCAAUGUAAUUAUGGACAAAAUGCAACUUGGCGGACCAUCAAUACGCACAUUAGAGCUGCUUGAAGAGCUGAAGAAGCAGAGUUCUGGUGCUGAAUUCCACCUUAAUGAUGUUCGGAAUGCAUUAUCAACUCUAGCAAGCGAGGGAUUUGUAUCUGUUCAUGGUGAUAGUGUAAAGAGAAUAUAGAAGAGGAAUGCAGCAAACCUCUGAAUCAAAAGAAUAUUCAUCAAGAAACAGUCCAACUGUAUCACCCUAAAACCUGGCAUGUACAAGUUUCAUGAAUUUCAGUGAUAAUAGUUCAUUGUAAAAAGACCGCUCUGUAAGGUUCCAGCAAAAUCUGUAGUGUUAUUGAUCUUAUUAUUAUAUGAAUGCCAUGAUCUUAGACAAUUUUUUGUGA